AUGGAUGAAACUCUGUCGGUUUUUAUUCCUAUGGAAAGGAAGGAAGCCUUGCGGAGGCCUAAUCCGAGAAGAAGCCAUUUGGGUGUGAUAGGGUUUAGGACUCCUGGAGGAUCGACGACUAUAAAUCUCCCAAGGCAUUCGACGGCUGUAAAUCUGCCAAGGUACUCGAAGGUGCAAAAGGAAUUUACGCAAGUAUAG